AUGGGAAGUUUAGGUUUGAUUUAUUCUGUUUUUUUUUUUUCUCCAGGUGUGGGUUUUGCCACCCGCCAGAUUGCAAGUGUCACCAAACCAACAACUAUAAUCAGUUUAGAAGGUGAUGUUGUUGUGAUACAGACACAGAGCACUUUCAAGAACACAGAAGUCAAGUUUAAACUCGAUGAGGAGUUUGAUGAAACUACAGCAGAUGACAGGAAAACAAGGUCCCUGGCAACUCUAGAAGAUGAUAAACUGAAACAUGUUCAGAAAUGGGAUGGGAAAGAGACCUUGCUGGUACGAGAAGUAAACGAUGGCAAACUUCUCCUUGUGAGUAUAUUAUCUAUAUAUACAUUUACAGGAGUCAAUUCUUCAGUUUCUUCUGCAUACAUUUGCAGAACACUGAGACAGACGUCCAUACAUACUCUAUGGGUUUGA